AUGGGUUCCGACGUGCGCGAGCUGAGCGGGCUGCUGCCCCCGGUGCCGGGGGGCCCGGGGGUCCCGGGGGUCCCGGGGGGCCCCAGCCCCCAGUGGGCCCCGGUGCUGGACUUCCACCCCGCCUCGCCGUACCCGGCGCUGGCGCCGCCGCCGCCGCCGCACUCCUUCAUCAAGCAGGAGCCGGGCUGGGGGGGUCCGGCCGGGGACCCCCCCCUCCCCCACCCGCCCCUCCACCACGAGGCCGACGCCCACUGCGGCCUCAGCGCCUUCACCGUCCACUUCUCCGGCCAGUUCACCGGGACGGGCGCCUGCCGCUACGGCGCCUUCGGGGCGCCGCCCGCCGCCGCCGCCGCCGCCACCGGGCCGCCGCCCGCCGUGGCCCACCAGGCCCCCCCCAGGAUGUUCAGCAGCGCCCCCUACCUCCCCAACUGCAUGGACACACAGCCCGGCGCCCGCAGCCAGACAGGCUACAGCGCCAUGGCGUUGGACGGCGCCGGGAGCUACAGCCACGCUCCGUCACACCACGGCUCGCAGUUCUCCACCCACUCCUUCAAACACGAGGACGCCUUCGCUCAGCAGGGCAGCAUGGGGGAGCAGCAGUACCCCGUCCCUCCUCCGGUCUAUGGAUGUCACACACCCUCAGACAGCUGCAGCAGCAGCCAGGCCCUGCUGCUGAGGAACCCCUACAACAGCGGAGACAAUUUAUAUCAAAUGACCUCCCAGUUGGAGUGUGUGGCCUGGAACCCUGUCAGUACGCUGUCCUCCAUGAAGAGCCAUGCAGCCGGGUACGACAGCGACCACAGCGGCCCCAUGGUCUACAGCUGCAGCACGCAGUACCGCAUACACACCCACGGCGUCUUCAGGGGCAUCCAGGACGUGCGCCGGGUCCCCAGCAUGGCUCCGGCCAUCGUUCGCUCAGAGAGCAGUGAGAAGCGUCCCUUCAUGUGCGCCUACCCAGGAUGCAACAAGCGCUACUUCAAACUGUCUCACCUGCAGAUGCACAGCCGCAAACACACAGGAGAGAAGCCGUAUCAGUGCGACUUCACGGACUGCGGCCGGCGGUUCUCCCGGUCCGACCAGCUGAAGAGACACCAGAGGAGACACACAGGAGUGAAACCGUUCCAGUGUGAGACGUGUCAGAGAAAGUUCUCUCGGUCAGACCACCUUAAGACUCACACCAGGACUCAUACAGGUAAAACAAGUGAGAAGCCCUUCACCUGCCGUUGGCCAAACUGUCAGAAGAAGUUUGCUCGUAGUGAUGAGUUGGUUCGUCACCAUAACAUGCACCAGAGGAACCUGAGCAAGCUGCAGCUGUCCCUCUGAGUCCACCUGGGUCCCUCUGAGUCCACCUGGGUCCCUCUGAGUCCACCUGGGUCCCUCUGAGUCCACCUGGGUCCCUCUGAGUCCACCUGGGUCCCUCUGAGUCCACCUAGGUCCACCUGAGUCCACCUGGGUCCCUCUGAGUUCACCUGGGUCCACCUGAGUCCACCUGGGUCCCUCUGAGUCCUCCUGGGUCCCUCUGAGUCCACCUGGGUCCCUCUGAGUCCUCCUGGGUCUUCCUCACCG